GAUGUGGCAGCAACGCUAGUAGUUAAGCAUGCUUCAUGAUUUCAGAGAAUUUUAAUUCCCCACUGAAACCUGACAGUGAAUUCCCCACUUAAACCUGACAGUGAAACAAAUUCAAGACAAUGAGUUUCCGGCUACGAUUUUUCAUGAUUGGGGCCAUGACUUUAAUGUCUGAGGUGCAGGGCCAGCGGCGACGAUGUUCAGAGGAGAUCUCUGACAUACGCAAAGAGAUCUCAUCUCUGGGCGCAAUGCAGGACGAUCUCUUGCACGCUCUGACGGAUCUGCGUCUCGGUAUCGAGUCUGCUGUGACAGUCGCUGCUGGAUCUCUGCCAGAGGACUGCAGCGUCGCUAAGAAGAGAGGCGCCUGGGGACCCUUUCAGAUGAUCGCGCCUCCUGGCAUAGGACCUCGUAUGGUUCGAUGCGACAUGCUUACCGACGGUGGCGGGUGGACGGUCGCUCUGUGGCGGGAACCCGUGAUGAAAACCGCGGGGUUCGGUGAACGCGACGGGCCCAGUGGUGACACCUUGCACCGGGACAGCCCCCGUGUCAGCUCAUACCCCACACGGUCAGUCAAGCAUGACUUGUCCGCGCGGCCACCUGCUGAAAAAGACCCGCAGCGCCCCAGCAGAAACGACAUCCUACCGGACGAGCGGCACCCUGCAGGUGACGCCGGUGACGAAGAGACGUGGUACCGAAGACGACGACUCCGGCGCUCCUCACAAGGUUCUUCCCGGGAGCUGUUGCGUGAAAGCUUUAACCGAACUUGGGUGGAAUAUAAGGAUGGAUUUGGACAUCACACAGGAGAAUAUUGGAUCGGUAACGACGUGCUACAUGCCUUGACUUCAGCUUCAGCGGAGCCUUGGGAAGCUUUGAUUCUUCUGAACGAUUUCAGAGGACAAAACGCUACUGCAGCGUACGGCCAAUUCCGAGUAUCAGACGAAGGCUCGGGCUACAGGCUCAUGGCGGCGCAGUACGACGACAAGCGCAGUACGGCUGGCGACGGUCUGGCCUUCCACCACCGCCGCUCCUUCAGUACAUAUGACCGUGACAACGAUGAGUAUCAUGGAAGCCACUGUGGUCUGGACUACGGUGCAGGCUGGUGGUUUCAUCAGUGCCACGUCUCCCUCUUGACGGGCGCUGGCACCUCUGAUGCCCAGAGGGGCACUGAAGGCCCCCAUACUCUGCACUGGAGGAACUGGAAGGGAGAGGAGGCGCUUCAUUCUGCCGCACUUCUCAUCAGGCCUAAAAACCAACUGUGAAAAUGCGUAAAAACCCAAUGUGAAAAUACGGAAAAACCCAAUGUGAAAAUACGGAAAACCCCACUGUGAAAAUACGGAAUAACCCACUAUGAAAAUACGGAAAAACCCACUGUGAAAAUACGGAAAAACCCACUGUGAAAACACAGAAAACCCCACUGUGAAAAUACGGAAAACCCACUAUGAAAAUACGGAAAACCCCACUGUGAAAAUACGGAAAAACCCACUGUGAAAAUACGGAAAAUCCCAAUGUGAAAAUACGGAAAAACCCACUGUGAGAAUACGGAAAAACCCACUGUGAAAAUACGGAAAAACCCACUGUGAAAAUACGGAAAAACCCACUGUGAAAAUACGGAAAAACCCAUUGUGAAAAUGUGGAAAACCCCACUGUGGAAAUACGGAAAAACCCACUGUGAAAAUACGGAAAACCCUACUGUGAAAAUACGGAAAAACCCAUUGUGAAAAUAGGGAAAAUCUAUUGUGAAAAUACGGAAAGCCCCACUGUGAAAAUGCGGAAAAACCCACUGUGAAAAUACGAAACCCCCACUGUGAAAAUACGGAAAAACCUACUGUGAAAAUGCGUAUAGUGAAAAUACGGAGUAAUUGGCUGGACUAUACGCGUGUUGAUCUUACUCUACAAGGUUGACUGACUGAAGAAUUUAUAAGGUUAAUUAGCUGCCUUAUUCGAGCGUCAAUCAACCAUACAAGGUUAACUAACUGAACAAUAUGCGUUGCAAAUUAGUUCAAAAGGUUAAUUGGCUAAAUUAUUCGCAUCUCGAUUAGCUUUAAAAUUUUAAUUGGCUAAAGUAUUCACGUCUAAAUUAUUUUUAAAAUUUUAAUUAACUGAAAUAUUCACGUCUCAAUCAACUCUACCACGUUAACCAGCUAAAAUAUUCAUGUCAGUUUUUAGUCUAAAACGUCCAAUCAUUAAUGUCGGAUAAUAUAUUGAGGAGAAACAUUCAUAUAAAUCGAAGUUGUAGCCAAAGAAAAAAAUAUUCAAAAAAUUGUUAUUUAUGUUCAUUAUCAUUGCCAGUCUCGAGCAGGGAGUUAAAUUUAACUUCAUAGUAAUUAUUUAGCUUGAGACAGAAUUCAUAUUAGAAUUUAUUCAUAUGUAUUUACUUAAGAUCGACUUCAGAAGAAUACUAAAAUGGAAA